AUGGACGAGGCAGAGAAGUACCAACAAAGGCUGCAGGCCAUAGCGGAGAGGCGUCGGCAGCAGGAAGAGGAGGAGAGGCUGAGGAGACAGACAGAAGAGGAGUGGUUGCAGUUGGCGCAGAAAAAGAGGAAGUCCUUGAGGGAUCAGUGGCUCAGUCAGGCAGCACCAGCUCCUGCCUUUCCUUCUCUUGACAGCCUGAGGCCCCAUCCUCUGCCGCAGGACAGAACAAACAAGCACACAGCAGAGGAGCAAAGCAAAAGUCAAAAGACGCCUGAGGAAGAAGUGGGGGAGGCAGCAGAUGUCAGAAAGGAGGAAGACCGAGUCUCCAAAGAAGAAAACAAAGAAUCUGUCAACGGCACAACCCCAGCCAGUGCACAUAACCACCACCAGCCUCAGGCUGGCACUGAAGAGAAAGUCCAAGUGAGCAGAGCAGCUGAGGGUCACUUCUCGGCACAGAUGACACAGAAGAUGUUCCAUGAAAGCAGGCAAGAUGGUCGAUCAGUCCUGGGGAUGGUGGCAGUUCAGGUUGAGAGAGACCCCAAGACAGGCGCCACUGUCAUCAGGUCAGUGGCCCCCAUGUCGGCACCAGAUGGUGCUGCCAUGGCCACUGUGUUCGAUGAUGGCAGGAAGAGUGUCCAUGCUGUUGGUGGAUCAGGAGGUCAACCCUCGGCCGAGGAGCUUGGACAGAUCUUGAGUGUCGUUGAUGGGGUUGGGAUGCAUGUACUGCUCGAUGAGGUCACGGUCACACCAAAUAAGGGCAAGAUAAAGAUAGAGAAUGUGGAAGGCAGCAGAACUUUACAGGAAAAAGAGGGGAAAGUUCUCUCUUAUUCUACCCAUCAUGCAGUGUCACCAGAGAAAACUAAACCCUUGGAAAGCACUGGAGGCAAUAAACCAAAGGCUGAACUGGAGAUUGAGGGCUGCAAUGAAAGUGGGAGAGAGGAGGAUGAACAGGAGGAAGAAAGUGUGGUGGUAGUGAAAGAGGCUGCUGGAAAAGUGGGUAAUAUGGAGGAUCAAGCGGUGGAGUACAAGAUGGAGGAAGGCCCAGUCACCCUCACAUUCCUGGGCUACACAGACGCCACAUCUGGCCAAGGUCAAAGCCAAAGUCUGAGUGUUGGACAAGAGGACCAUGGGGGCUUCCUCACUGUGGAACGAGUGAUCAUCACUGACGAAGGAGAAGAACAGGUAUUAGGUCCUGUGACCUCUGCUUCCUCUCAGUCUCAGUCUAGCAGUGAAGGCCUCAAGGACCCAGCAGUGUCCGGCGGGGACAAGAAUGCAGAUCUUGGAGGAGGGGCACAGAAACCCACCAAGGAGGAAGCGUUUCAGGACAUUCCCCUGGACGGAAACGGAGAAGGAGUAACACUCCAGGGAAAGGACGCUGAUCAUAAUUCAGUGUCACCCAGUAGGUCAGAGGGAGAAGGUACUCCUAAGCGCAAGACCUGUCAGUGCUGCUCUGUCAUGUAAGAAGUUCAUAAAGAGAGUGGCCCUUUCAAUUUAUCAAUAACUAGAUAUUAAUCGUAUUCACUCUUUCUUGGCGUGUGCCUUUCAUUAGGUGCAGUAUGUUUAAUGAUUAGUACAAGUUAAAUGGUCUAAAUAAGCUUAAUCUGAUGGAAGACAUAAGAUGUGCCCCAGGGAACCACAUUGGUGCUACUGUGUGCCCUCGUUAUGGGACUGGGGGCUUUGCCUUGAUGAUCAAAUUGUGUAGUUAUUAUGAAUUCGUUCUCAUGCAUAGUUGUCCCUUAACAUUGCACUUCAUGGUGCCAAAGAAAGAGACUAUUAUUACAGUUUUAGUUCCUCCACAGCAGCUGUUGUCUGAACUGACAGCAGCUCUGUGGGACAAACCACUUCUCCCUCCUGGUGGACAGAAGUGAGAACUGCAACUGCUGACAGAAUGCAGACACUUUUUGUCUGAAAUUCAUCUUUUCCUUUGCCUUGGGACUUGUUUUGUGUCCUGUCAGCCAAAAAGACUCCAUAUGUUUAGCAGCAUUUCCUCUAGGAAUGGAACACAAACCAAAGAUGUUGAGCAGAGGAAACAUGUUUUCUAGUUUAGGACGUACCUUUUUUUUUUUUUUUUUUUUACCUGUACUCUGAUGUGCCUCUUUUGAUUUGAGCUAAAUUUGAAAAUGAAAUUUUAAGGUGCCUUCAGACUAUAAAAACAUUUAGUAAGCAUCAUUUAAAUUUUAAUAAUGGUUUGCCUUACUAUUGCCUUUUAUUGGACCUAUCCGUUCAAGAUGUUUUGUUUAAUUUACUCAAUGUGUAAACAUGGCUAUGACUGUAAUUAAGAUAAGUGGAUGACAACUGGACUACAUGAUUAUGAGACAAAAUAUAUUUGAAUUGUUUCUGUCUAAUUUACAAAUGUCCUCAGAAAUGUGUCAAAUACAGGGCUUGCCAUGUACUAUAAAUAUGACUAUGGGACACUUUAUAUCACAUUAUAUGUAGAGGAGAACCAGUCAUCUCUCCUCUGCACCAGCUUGUCCAUCUACAGCUAAAAACAACACAAGUGCGUGUGUGUGUGUGUGUGUGUGUGUGUGUGUGUGUAAGUGUGUAUAACAUCCCAAUAACAUCAUAAUAGUCUGCUUUAAUGCUACAGCAAGGAAUGCAGGUCACCACUUCACCACUUUGUGUUGUCCCAUCCAAGUCUUGUAUGUUUGUAAAGCUAAAGAUAUACUUUCAAUAAACUAAUUUCCCCAAAACCUCCCCAAAGUGUAGACCAUACAUAAAAAAAGGGUUGCUUUGGGAAUCCCAUACCAAGCUGUGGCUGAGAGAGGAGUCACACUGGGGCCCUUCUUAAAUAUUGUUCCUAAAGAAAAUUAGGAAAGUGACACAGU